AUGGUCGGCCCUACAGUCCCAGCUUCAUUCCCCGACCUCCUCGAUGUGAUUAUCGUCGGCGCCGGGCCCUGCGGUCUCGCCGUUGCGGCUCGUUUGAACGAAGAGACGCCCUCCGCCAUGUUCACCGAUGAAGAGCAUCAACGAUACCACUGGAUCAACAAACACAGCGGGCGGAUGGCCCUGGUGCAGGCGCAACAUCGGAAGAGGAAAGGGGUCAAGGCGGAGAAAUGGCACGGCUUCGAUGCCCGGCGCUCGAGCCAAAGCCAUCAUCGCUUCUCUGAUAGUUCGGACGUGUCUUCCUCCUCGCCGCCGUUGUCGUCCUCGCCCCCGUCGUUGGCGUCGUCUGUCUCCUCGUCACCUGAUAUAGACCUUGAUGAUCCGCACACGGAGGGGGGACUGACUAUGACGGUGCUGGAUAGCACGGGUGAUCGAUGGAUGGAGAAGUGGAACCGGGCGUUCAAGACGCUGGAGAUCGAGCAGCUUCGCAGUCCCAUGUUUUUUCACGUGGAUCCAAGUGACCGGGACGGCAUGCUGGCGUAUACACAGGAGACGGGCCGGGACAAAGAUCUCUGGGAGAUCACCGGGUGCGUGGGGAAGGAGUUGAGCAAGCAUAAGAAAAAGAAGAAGUUACAGUCGAAGUCACAGGUUAUCGGGGAAGCGGAGAUCGAUGAACGAGAUCGCAAGGACUACUUCUCUCCGUCGACUGGUCUCUUUUCGGAUUACUGUGAUAGCAUCAUAUCGCGUUACGGACUCGGGAGUCCCGGGAUGAUUUCGCAGUGCGAAGUGGAGGAUAUCCGAUACGAUGUCCAUCCGGAGCUGUCGCCCUCAGAUAAGAUAUUCACUGUGACUACAGCCGACGGGAAGCAGCUCUAUAGUCGGGCAGUCGUAUUGGCUAUUGGACCCGGUAGAACGAAAGUUUUUCCGUUCCAACUGACGAGGGAAGAGGAGCAAGGUGCCUGCCACAGCACCGAAAUUCGAUCCUUCCCAAGCCCCAGUGUCAGGCAGAAGAUCCAGCAAAGGCAGCAAACCAACCUGGUAGUCGUUGGCGGAGGAUUGUCCUCCGCCCAGAUAGUGGAUAUGGCCAUUCGCAAGGGGGUCAGCAAAGUGUGGUUCCUCAUGAGAUCGGACUUCAAAGUCAAGCAUUUCGACAUCGGCUUAUCCUGGAUGGGCAAGUUCCGCAACUACGAGAAGGCAGCCUUCUGGUCGGCCGACACGGACGAGGAGCGCCUGGAGAUGAUCAAGACAGCGCGCAACGGAGGCAGCAUCACGCCGCGGUACACGAAGAUCCUGAAGCAGCAUGCAGCGCGCCACCGGGUGUCCAUCCAUCCACGGACGGUGAUCUGCGGCCGAGAGUUCUGCACCGCCUCGCAAACCUGGCGUCUCACGACCUAUCCACCAAUUCCGGACCUCCCUCGCAUCGAUUACAUCUACUUCGCGACGGGCAUGCAGGCGGACGUCAACGAGCUUCCGCUGCUGCAACGAAUGAACCGCGAGUACCCGAUCGAGAGCAAGCAGGGACUUCCGUGCAUCACGGAGGACCUGAUGUGGAAGCCCGACGUGCCACUGUUCUUGACGGGGCGCCUUGCUGCGCUCCGCUUGGGACCAGGAGCCCCCAACCUGGAGGGAGCGAGGCUGGGAGCCGAGCGAGUGGCAUGGGGGAUGGAGGAGGUGCUGGGCCGGAAGAAGACCGACGAGGACGAGACGAAGCGGUCGAAGGAAUGCUUCUGUGGCUUGGGGAAUCGGUAUGCCGAGUUGGAAGAGGUGAGCUGGUAG